GCAAAGGAAGAGGGCGCCAUGAUUGGCUGGCGGCGGCACGGCGGGUGGUGGAGGAGCUCGGCGAGUCUGGGUUUUACCCCGGUGGUGGACUUUCCCUUUCCAUGUUUCGAGGCCUUUGGGGGCUGCAGAGGGAGGGGAGUCGGCUCGGCGGAAACCUGGAUCUGGUUCUAAGAGCCGUGGGGUUGAGCAGGGGUGACCGGAAGUGAUCUUGGGACUGACCGGAAGCGAGGCCUGGAGGGGAGAGGAGAGCGGGUCCCGGGAGGGAGGGGGCUUCCAGCGGGCGGGGGCCGGGGGAAAGGUGCGAGAACGGCGUGGGAGCGCCGGGUAGGCUGCGGGUCCCUGCUGCUGGGCUGUUUGGAGAGCAACGUGCCCACCACGAGCCUAAGGAGCUCGAGUGUGGGAGUCCAGCGCUGCCUCUGGGCAGUCUGGACUAGUUAAGCAAAGGGGCCCUCGUGCGGCUCCAGAGAGCUGGCGGGGAGGGAUUUUGGUAGUUGGGGCAGCCAAGAGCAGGGAGGCAAGGGUACGGGAGAUUAGUUAGGUUGUGCGGGCAGUGCGGUUGGGCUUGGGGGCGGCUGGGAGGUACUGUGUGGGAGAUCUUGGCUUGGAGUUUUCUACAGUCCUGCCCCCAUUGGGUAGAAUCACACUACUCGCCUUUGUACAAGAGUCGGUGUCUCCUGGGGCAACGAAGGAGCCAGGAUGGCCUGGGCUCUGAAGCUGCCUCUGGCCGAUGAAGUGAUUGAAUCCGGGCUGGUGCAGGACUUUGAUGCUAGUCUUUCCGGGAUCGGCCAGGAACUGGGUGCUGGUGCCUAUAGCAUGAGAUUGUUCCAGAUUUGGCCAGAGGAACCCCUUCAAGCUGGCUCCACACAGAAGCCUUUUAAAAUUAAGGUCUUGCUGAUGCCUAUUGUUCCGAGUGAUGUCCUUGCAUUGCCCAUUUUCAAGCAAGAAGAGUCAAGUUUGCCUCCUGAUAAUGAGAAUAAAAUCUUACCUUUCCAAUAUGUGCUUUGCGCUGCCACCUCUCCAGCAGUGAAACUCCAUGAUGAAACCCUGACAUAUCUCAAUCAAGGGCAGUCUUAUGAAAUCCGAAUGCUAGACAAUAGGAAACUUGGAGAACUUCCAGAAAUUAAUGGCAAAUUGGUGAAGAGUAUAUUCCGUGUAGUGUUCCAUGACAGACGGCUACAGUACACUGAACAUCAGCAGCUGGAGGGCUGGAGGUGGAACCGACCUGGAGACAGAAUUCUUGACAUAGAUAUCCCAAUGUCUGUGGGUAUAAUCGAUCCUAGGGCUAAUCCAACCCAACUAAAUACAGUGGAGUUCCUGUGGGACCCUGCAAAGAGGACAUCUGUGUUUAUUCAGGUGCACUGUAUCAGCACAGAGUUCACUAUGAGGAAACAUGGCGGAGAAAAGGGAGUGCCAUUCCGAGUACAAAUUGAUACCUUCAAGGAGAACGAGAACGGGGAAUAUACUGAGCACUUACACUCUGCCAGCUGCCAGAUCAAAGUCUUCAAGCCCAAAGGUGCAGACAGAAAGCAAAAAACAGAUAGGGAGAAAAUGGAGAAGCGAACACCUCAUGAAAAGGAGAAAUAUCAACCUUCCUAUGAGACAACUAUACUCACAGAGUGUUCUCCGUGGCCCGAGAUCACAUAUGUCAAUAACUCCCCAUCACCUGGCUUCAACAGUUCCCAUAGCAGUUUUUCUCUUGGGGAAGGAAAUGGGUCACCAAAUCACCAGCCAGAGCCGCCCCCUCCAGUCACAGAUAACCUCUUACCAACAACCACACCUCAGGAAGCUCAGCAGUGGUUGCAUCGAAACCGUUUUUCUACAUUCACAAGGCUUUUUACAAACUUCUCAGGGGCAGAUUUACUGAAACUAACUAGAGAUGAUGUGAUCCAAAUCUGUGGCCCUGCCGAUGGAAUCAGACUUUUUAAUGCAUUGAAAGGCCGGAUGGUGCGCCCAAGGCUAACCAUUUAUGUUUGUCAGGAAUCCUUGCAGUUGAGGGAGCAGCAGCAACAGCAGCAGCAACAGCAGCAGAAGCAUGAGGAUGGAGACUCAAAUGGUUCUUUCUUCGUGUACCAUGCCAUCUAUCUCGAAGAACUGACAGCUGUGGAACUGACAGAAAAAAUUGCUCAGCUUUUCAGCAUUUCCCCUCGCCAGAUCAGCCAGAUCUACAAGCAGGGGCCAACAGGAAUCCACGUGCUCAUUAGUGAUGAGAUGAUACAGAACUUUCAGGAAGAAGCCUGUUUUAUUCUGGACACAAUGAAAGCAGAAACCAAUGAUAGCUAUCAUAUCAUACUGAAGUAGGUGUGGGGCUUUCCAUCCUGCGUUGCUGCUGCUUCCUUCGCCUCUCGGAAACCCCCUCUUGAAGGGGGUCUUGAACGGAGAUUUGAAGGUUUGCCAGGACCAGACCCCUGACUGCGUGUGGAGGGGUCCAGGCCACGGAGGCGGAAUCCCAGCUGUCUGUGUUGGCCUGGGCUCUUCUGGCAGACGUAGAUUACUGCCCGACGUGCAUUUCUGCAGCAGUUUCUUAGUUAACAUUUUAGACCCUGUUGUUGAAUAGCAACAGAAACUACACAUCAUUUAGGGUAUGUGUAGGGCAUAAUGAUGAUGAGAAUUGUGUGAUGUUUAAUGGAAAGAUGUUAAAUUUUGUGAUAUGGAGCCAUGUAAUUUUUUUCUAAUAUAAAAGUGAACAUCUAUAUUCAUCAGACUAGAUCCUCAGUCUUUUUUGCAUCAAACAUACUGGCUUUUUGCCACAACUGCCCCCUGAAAACCUCAUCAAAGAGGAGAAAUACAGAGAUAGAAUAGAAUUUUUCUUUUGGUUCUCUUGUACUAUUAUGACUAAUAGUAAUUUUAGCUAACAUUUAUUUAUUGAACAUUUACUUGUAUCAGGCAGUGUGAUAAAUUCUUUAAAUGGAUUAUCUUGUUUAAAUCCUCUAAAUAAUCCUAUCUGCAGUAGGUAAUAAUGAUCCCUAAUUGAAGAUGAGGAAUGGAGACGUACGGUGGCUAAGUAGCUUGCUAACUAACAGACAGCUCACAGGUAGUAACACUGAAAUCCAAACCCAGGCAGCCUGGCUUUUAACCGCCACCUGUUACUGCCCCCCUUGCCAUCGUUUCUCACUGUGGCUCUCCUGGUGAGUAGGAAAUAACACUGAGUGAGAACUGAACCAUCAACCACUGAAAGGGACGGACCACAUCUCAGUAAUGGUGAGCAAAUCAAGACCUACAAACGCAUCAUUAUCAGGUUCACAGGAUUGGAGGUGGUGAAAACUAGGGAUUAUCUCUAACUCCCCAAAUUCACUAUUCUUUUUUUUAAGAUUUUUAAAUUUUUCCUUUUUCUCCCAAAGCCCCCCAGUACGUAGUUGUGUAUUUUUAGUUGUGGGUCCUUCUAGUUGUGGCAUGUGGGAUGCCGCCUCAGCGUGGCUUGAUGAGCGGUGCCAUCUCCACGCCCAGGAUUUGAACUGGCAAAACCCUGGGCCCUGAAGCGGAACACUUGAACUCAACCACUCGGCUAUGGGGCCGGCCCCUGCAAAUUCACUAUUCUUGAAUCUCCACCUCAAACUUUAUUAAUGAGUUAGGCUGACUCCUGCUUCCUCUUUCCCCUCUCUGCAUCUUCUCUUGGUAUAGGAACUUCUUUUACUCACGUAGUGUUCUUUUAUAUAAGCUUUACAAGAAAUUCAUUCCGAUCCCAUUCACAUUCUUACCAUGAAUUUUUGUUCUUUCUUAAAGAAUGAUUGUGGGCCUGUGUGUAUGUGUGUAAAACUAUGGGUCUUCUGUUUUCGUUUGUAAGGUUUUAUCCAGAAAUCCCUUUACACAUUAUGUUGCGGUGAAAAAGAUUCUGUAUUGGAUUUGGAUCUGUGUGUGUGUGUUUUUAAAGCAUUUGAUAAAGUUUAAAUGUUUUUAUACAGAGAUUUUUGUUCAUUAAAAUCAACCUGCAACAUGG